UCGAUUAUUAUUACAUUUUCUACGCGUGAUUCUGUGAUCUACGCUUCGCCCGAGGCGCUGGUGAAUCGAUAGGAUGUUGAGAGUGUGCCAUACGAUCCGUGUUGAGCUUUCUCGAUUGUGAUAAACUUUGUGCGUACUGUGAUAUGUUUGCCUUAUAGAUAUAGCGGCAUGAAUCUUUAUAUGCAGUGCCAUCGUGAGGAGCGCCUCGGCGGCGGCGGGCUGGGGCUAGCUGGCGGCGGGUUCCGCGGCGGAGGCCAGCCCUCCCUCGCCGACUUCCAGCCGCCGUACUUCCCGCCUCCCUUCGCGCCUUCUGCACACCCUGCAAGUCCACAUCAGCAACAGAGCCAUGGCAUGGAAUAUGGCAACAGCGGCGAGUACGGGCAGCACUACGCGCCGCAGCAGCUACUGCCGCGGCACCACGGCCACCACGAGCCCCACUCCCACCUGCGGCACCGCGACCACCAUGAAAUCCACUCGCACCAUUUAUCCCAUGGAGGGUUCAGCUAUGGUGGGGGGGAGAGGCGGUCAGACUACGGAGUGCGGGAGCAACACGAGCUGGCUCUCCACCAUGCACUGCAUUCCACUGAUGAAACACAGAAUGCGGGCAUGGACGACACCAGUGGGUUUAUGACAGAUCUACCAUUAUUAAAAACUAUGAAAGGCAGGGACGGCCUCAGCGCGGGUUCGUGCGCACCCAACGACGUGUUCUGCUCAGUUCCCGGGAGGCUCUCCCUCCUCUCCUCAACCAGCAAGUACAAGGUGACAGUCGCUGAGGUGCAGCGGCGACUGUCCCCGCCGGAGUGCUUGAAUGCGUCGCUAUUGGGAGGCGUAUUGAGAAGGGCGAAAAGCAAAAAUGGUGGUCGUUUAUUAAGGGAGAAAUUAGAAAAAAUUGGUUUGAACCUGCCAGCGGGGAGGCGGAAAGCCGCAAAUGUCACCUUACUCACUUCACUAGUAGAAGCCGAAGCGGUGCACCUGGCGCGCGACUUCGGCUACGUGUGCGAGACGGAGUUCCCGGCGCGCGCGCUGGCGGAGUACCUCGCGCGGCAGUACGCCGAGCACGACGCGCGCCGCCGCCGCGACCUGCUGCAGGCCACCAAGCAGGUGGUGAAGGAGGUGAUGGAUCUGCUGAACCAGGACAGGUCGCCGCUGUGCAACACGCGGCCGCCGCACCUGCUGGAGCCGGCGAUACAGCGCCACCUGACGCACUUCUCUCUCAUAUCGCACGGCUUCGGCGGCCCCGCCAUUGUCGCGGCGCUUACUGCGAUACAGAACUUUUUAAACGAAUCCCUGAAGCAUUUAGACAAAUUGUACCCACAAAGCGGUAUGGUGUCGUCAUCGUUAGACAAGACAAAAAUGGACCCCGACAUCAAGAAGUAGCAGUUAAUUCCAUCAACAUGAAAAGUUUAUUUGACUGGCAACAUUUAAUUUGUCAAACUAAAUAUAUAUUAUGUCAUGUGAACAACAAUGGACUUGGAUACUUCCUUCGACUAGUCUUUGUAGUCUAUGGAACAAUAGAACGAAAAAUUGUCACUGCCGAUGAAACUGUUUUUUUACGUAUGAAUUUGAUUGUUUUUUGAUCCGUAUCAAUACUACAAUGUUUACUUUUACAAACCAAAAAUCAUACAGUUUAAAAAUGUUCAUAUUGCUCAGCUCUAAAAACUAAACACUUAACCUUUUUUAUUUAUUGAACAUAAUUCCUUGUGGAAAUUUAGUUAUUUUUU